UGUCAGCGCUCUGAGCAAAAAAAAGAAGUCGAGAAGAUUUUGGUUUCAAGGAAUAAGCUUUUUCUCAAACAAUAAACCAGACGAGCCACAGCCGCCUGUUAUGCCUCCUGCAGGUUUAGCUCCCUGGAUAAACGUGACGACUUCUACGUUUGCUGAAGACUGGAAACGCCUACUUACAGAUGACUUAGUCGAGCCUGAUGUUAAAUUUAUCUCUGGAAAUAACACUAUCUUUGGCCAUCAAGUUAUCCUUGCAGCAUCUUCAGUGAUUUUUAAAGAAAUCUUUCUGACACCAAAAAAGAUGAAUAAAGUUCCUAAAAAAUACAGCAGUAUAUUUGAAGAAAUAAAAUGGAUCAACGGAGAUCUGCGGUCAAACAAUUAUACAAACAAUUUAAAUAUAGAAGUCUCUAAUGAUAGUCAUAGCAGAGAGAGUGCGGAAAUUACUCUGAACUCGAGUAUCGACUUUGAAGUUUUCAAUAAAAUCCUUCGAUUCUUUUACACUGGUCUACCAGGAUUUGCUGAAGUUGAAGUUGAAGACUUCGUUCGCGAUGUGAAGGAGACAUCMAAGUUGUUUCAUCUGCCGUGGCUUACACAAGUCUGUGAAAACCGCCUCAAAGAUGAACAGUUUCUUAAUCCAAGCAUUGGGACAUGGCUGAAUGACGAAACAGGGUCCGUUAUGAAGAAUUUGUUUUUAAACAAAUCAAAUUUAAGUGAUGUGCAGUUUAUCGUUGAAGGGAAGACUGUGUACGCUCACAAAGCAGUGUUGAUGGCAAGGUGCGAUGUUAUGGCGGCCAUGUUAGGAGGAAGUUUCAUAGAGAGUAAAAACGCUUCAACG